GCCCGGCGCUGCGGCCGCAUUCCCGGCAUGGUGUAGCGCCGAGCGGCGGCGGGGCGGGAGCCGGGCGGGCGGCGCGGGCGGCGCGCUCGGAGCGGACGUGACCCAGAACUUCUGGGCCUCGUGCCCGCGGCUCUGCACCCCCAGGCCCGUUUCCAGCAGUCGAGGAAACCUUUGCUGAGAGCCUCAGUCACAGCUCAGCCCUUGGACUCUCCUGGAAGCAGUAUGAAAGAACUUUAUGGAUCAGUUUGCUAAUAAGUACAUGCAUGGAGGGUUUGAAGAGCUGAAGGAAAAAAAUCAGUCUUAAACUUGUUUGUGAAAAUAUCUGGGUUGGAAUUUGCCCUUGACAAAUAACAAAAUGAUGAGUGAUGCAAGUGACAUGUUGGCCGCGGCGCUGGAGCAGAUGGAUGGCAUCAUAGCAGGUUCAAAGGCCCUAGAAUAUUCCAAUGGGAUUUUUGAUUGCCAGUCUCCCACCUCCCCGUUCAUGGGGAGCUUGCGGGCCCUGCACCUCGUGGAAGACUUGCGUGGGCUGCUGGAGAUGAUGGAGACGGAGGAGAAGGAAGGCUUGCGAUCCCAGAUCCCGGAUUCCACGGCAGAAACGCUCACCGAGUGGCUGCAGAGUCAAAUGACAAAUGGUCACCUACCAGGGAAUGGAGAUGUGUAUCAAGAAAGGCUGGCACGUUUAGAAAAUGAUAAAGAAUCCCUCGUGCUUCAGGUCAGCGUGUUAACAGACCAGGUAGAGGCUCAGGGAGAGAAGAUCCGAGAUCUGGAGUUUUGCCUUGAAGAGCACAGAGAGAAGCUGAAUGCCACAGAGGAAAUGCUGCGGCAGGAACUCCUGAGUAGGACAUCCUUAGAAACUCAGAAGUUGGAUUUGAUGGCUGAAAUAUCUAACUUGAAGUUAAAACUGACAGCUGUAGAGAAGGACAGAUUGGAUUAUGAAGAUAGGUUCAGAGACACAGAGGGGCUAAUGCAGGAGAUCAGCGAUUUGAGGUUCAGGAUCAGUGAGAUGGACAGUGAAAGACUUCAGUACGAAAAAAAGCUGAAAUCCACCAAAUCUUUAAUGGCCAAACUUUCUAGCAUGAAAAUCAAGGUGGGUCAGAUGCAGUAUGAAAAGCAGCGGAUGGAACAAAAGUGGGAGUCCCAGAAGGAUGAACUGGCAUGCUUAAAAGAACAACUGGAAGAGAAAGAAUCUGAAGUGAAGAGGCUACAAGAAAAAUUGGUUUCCAAGAUGAAAGGAGAAGGGAUAGAAAUUCUUGAUCGAGAUGAAAAUUUUAAAAAGAAGCUCAAAGACAAAAAUAUUGAAGUACAAAAAAUGAAAAAGGCUGUGGAGUCUUUGAUGGCAGCAAAUGAAGAAAAGGAUCGGAAAAUAGAAGAUCUUCGGCAGUGCCUGAACAGGUACAAGAAAAUGCAAGACACAGCGAUGCUAGCCCAAGGUAAAAAAGGCCAGGACAGUGACUAUGAAGGUCUGCUCGCUGCCAGUUCCCUCUCCACUUUGCUGGAUGUACAGGGUCUCAGUGAUCUGGAGAAAAGUCUGUCACCCACACCGGUAAUGGGGUCUCCCAGCCAUGACCCUUUCAAUACAAGUGUUCCAGAAGAGUUCCACACCAGCAUCCUGCAAGUUUCGAUCCCUUCGUCAUUGCCAGCACCUAAAGGCUUGGACAGUUCCAAAAAAGCAGCAUCGCCUCCUACCCUAGAGACUUCGUUUGAAGAGAAUGAUGAAAAAAUAAUCCUCAGUGCUGCUGUUGAAACUCAACUGUGUGACGGUCAUUCAACUUCAAGUCUGCAGAAGUCCAGCAGCCUGGGCAGUCUGAAGAAAGAGUCAUCAGAUGGGGAUAAUGCUCUCGCGGAAAGCAGCCCACUAGCGAGCCUCCCUCCUAAAGCUUCCGGACGCGACACCUCCGUGGACGACAGCCCCUUUGGCACUCGAAAAGCCAGAUCUUCCUUCGGCCGUGGCUUUUUUAAAAUAAAAAGUAACAAGAGGACAGCAAGUGCCCCAAACUUGGAUCGUAAACGAAGUGCCAGUGCACCCACCUUAGCUGAAACCGAAAAGGAGACAGCCGAGCACCUAGAUCUGGCUGGUGUACCUUCCCAGCCAAAAGAUUCACAGGGAAGUGGUCCCUUCCAAAUCACUCCUCCAUCGCCAGACUCCAGAAAGAAAUCCCGAGGUAUCAUGAAGCUCUUUGGAAAGCUCAAGAGAAGUCAGUCAACUACAUUCAACCCAGAUGACAUGUCUGAGCCUGAAUUCAAACGAGGAGGGACAAGGGCAACCGCAGGGCCCCGCCUGGGUUGGUCUCGAGACUUGGGACAAUCUAACAGUGACUUGGAUAUGCCAUUUGCCAAAUGGACCAAAGAACAAGUUUGCAGCUGGCUUGUGGAACAGGGUUUGGGGUCCUACCUGAAUUCUGGCAAGCACUGGAUUGCAUCUGGCCAAACACUUUUGCAGGCUUCCCAACAAGAUCUGGAGAAGGAACUUGGAAUCAAACAUUCACUCCAUCGAAAGAAACUCCAGCUGGCAUUACAAGCCCUGGGGUCCGAAGAAGAAACCAAUCACGGAAAGCUGGACUUCAACUGGGUCACUAGAUGGUUGGAUGACAUUGGCCUCCCGCAGUACAAGACCCAGUUUGACGAAGGGCGGGUAGAUGGCCGAAUGCUCCAUUACAUGACUGUUGAUGACUUACUGUCUUUGAAGGUUAUGAGUGUGCUACAUCAUCUCAGUAUCAAAAGGGCCAUCCAGGUCCUGAGGAUCAAUAACUUUGAACCAAACUGCCUACGGAGGCGACCAUCUGACGAGAACACCGUCACCCCAUCAGAGGUCCAGCAGUGGACCAACCACCGGGUGAUGGAGUGGCUGCGCUCCGUGGACUUGGCAGAAUAUGCCCCCAAUCUCAGAGGCAGUGGCGUCCACGGUGGGCUCAUGGUUCUAGAACCUCGUUUUAAUGUAGAAACAAUGGCUCAGUUAUUGAACAUCCCACCAAGUAAAACCUUGUUGCGAAGACACUUGGCCACUCAUUUCAACCUUCUGAUAGGUGCUGAGGCUCAACGGCAGAAGCGUGAGGCCAUGGAGUUACCAGAUCAUGUUCUUCUAACAGCCACUGCCAGAGUGAAGCCAAAGAAACUUACCUUCAGCAAUUUCGGGAAUCUGAGAAAGAAAAAACAGGAAGAUGGGGAAGAAUAUGUUUGUCCAAUGGAAUUGGGGCAGGCAUCAGGAGGUGCAUCUAAGAAAGGAUUUAAAACUGGUUUGGACAUGCGUCUGUAUGACGAAGAUGAUUUGGACCGGUUAGAGCAGAUGGAAGAUUCAGAAGGGACAGUGAGACAGAUAGGUGCGUUCUCUGAAGGCAUCAACAAUCUGACACACAUGUUAAAGGAAGAUGAUAUGUUUAAAGAUUUUGCUGCCCGUUCUCCCAGCACCAGCAUUACCGAUGAAGACUCAAAUGUUUGACCCUAGCACCUGGAUAAGCAUUACGAGCCCUUCAUCUUAUUCCACUUUGUUCCUCAAACACUCACAGUAUAUCCAUCAAGCCACAGAUUGUAUAUUGCUUAUCAUUCCAGCUUCUCAUUUAGAAGUGGAAAUGUAAAGCGGGGGAUAUGUGCCUAUUCUAAAGUUGCCAUGAAAAUCGAGACACUGGUGAAUGAAAGUAUAAUUGUUUUUCCUUUAUUUAAUGUAAAAAUCUGUGAUAUAUUAUAUUUAAAGUGUUCCAUUUAAUAUGAGUAUUUUACCAUAGUGUUCCCAUUCACUUUCAUAGUGCAGGGGGUUUGGGAAGCAGUAACUAGGAUGUGAAUGAUUCUGUCACACCAGAGUGACAGCACUGCCAGCCAUUAAAGCAGGACAUUACAUGCUUCCAAAAUCAAUGCGUGGAAUUUCUUUAAAACGUUCAGUGUGCCCACUAAAUGCCAGCCACACUUCCACUUGCCUUUUAUUGUCCUAUUUUUAUAUAUUUUUUCUAAAUAUAUGUAUAUACUUAGUACAUAGAAAAUGGAACUUUUAUUUUGUAACAUAAGGAAGAUAGUAGAAAGAUCCCAUUAAAAAAUGGUGAUCAAAAUGUUCACAUGUCUGCUGGUCUCUGGAGAGGUCAGUAAGUUCUCCACAACAAAAUUUUGAUGUUGAUCAUUCAGAUUAAAUUAGUAUAUAGGAAAUAGCCCUUCUUUGAUGCCACAUCAAAAAAUUGUUGAAUAGUUUUUUAAAAAAUCUCGACCUUGAUCUUGGGCCCUUUUAUCUCAAAAAAGAACUCGAGGGACAUUUAGAUGCUAUAAACUUGAUGCAUUCAGAAGCUGCCUCAAAAUUUGUGGAAAUAAUUUCCAAAGAAACCAAACUGAAACAAAAAUCUUUACAGUAUUAAGCUUCUUAUUUUCCCUCUUUGCUGAAUACAUCUUUCUAUCAGAAUACUAACAGGCUGCCUAAUGUUGUUAAUUAUACAUUUCUCAGACGAUCAAUGAGUGGGAUUUUUUUUUCAAGCUGAAUAUUUGUCUGAACAUUUUUUCUCAGAGUUCAACAACUCUGGGGCUGCAAAAUUAGUUUUACAAUAACUAUAUUGUGGUGAUAAAUUGUAGUUCACUUUUUCUCUAUAGCACAGGGCCCAAAUGUUCUUUAUAAAGAAAAUAGCUGCUGCAAAAACUGUUACUGUUCUUAUCUUUUUUUUUUUUUUUUUUUUUAGGGAUAUUAGAAAAAAAUUCUAUUUUUUAUUUAGUACUACAUCAUUACUCAUAGCCAACUGGAUAAAGACAGGUUUUCACAAAUUGGCAUAGAGGUGGGCAGUUCAGUAUAUGCCAAGGGACUUGCUUAUCAAUGAUAUCUGAACAUCAGAGGCUUGACCUUUCACGUUAUCAGCAAGUUACCGAGCUUUUCUUCAAGGAACCUGUAAUACUAAAUUUAUUCCUAACUAAAAUGACUUUAUGCUAAAAACAGUCUUUUGCUCCCUACCAUUUCAUUAUUUGGUAACUGUAUUAGACCCUUACGGUAUCUGUGUUUUAUUUUAAUGUGAAUAUAUGUCACCACUUGGAAAACAAUUUGUUAUUCAAACCUGGUUAAAAAUACCAGGAGACUGUUAUAGAUGCCAAAUAUUCUUUAUUCAGGACAGUGUAACGUUACUGAUGAAACAUGGUAAGGUCAAAAUUUUUUGACGAUAUAUAUUUUAUUUACAAAAUGCUAUAUGCUGCUGGUAAUACCAUAUGAAAAGAAAUAAAGUCAACUGAUAAUUGCCUCA